GUUAAUUUAUUUUGUGGAUGAGGACACAGAAAUUGAUGCUCCAGCACACUGUUACAUUAUUUGGACUGUCAAGUUUAGUAGUUAAUAAGUUGUAAACAUGAUGAUCUUAUGAUAUUCAUUUUGUGUAAUUUUGUUUAAUUUGUAAUCUUGUAUGAUUUCUUAUGUAAAUUCUGCGGGUCAGCAAUUAGAAUAAUUUUUAGUCAGUUUAGUAGCAAUGGUUUAAGUUUUAAGGGAGGGGUAAAGAUCUGAUAAGGGCAAUUAGUUUUACCCCUUUUUGCCAUUAACACCUCUAAAUUAACUUAUUGAUUCCUUGUGGCAUCAUGGAAUACUUGCAGUUGAGUUGAUGCCAUGCAAGUUAGCUCUAAAUCUUAUUAGAUUUCACUUUGUUUACAGCUUUGCUAAUGCCCCAGAAUCUGCUCGAAUGGAUUGGUCCGCAUUCACCAAGGGCUACUUCUUGAAUAGAGAAACUCUGGUUGCCGUCCUACUUCUAAUUGAUGCGAGUGUACCACCUCAGAAGAUCGACCUUAACUGUGCUAAUUGGCUUGGACGGAACAAUGUAUGCUCUUAUCUAAUUUUUAGCUACUUUCCGAUCCUCUUUCUGUCAGCAAUACUAUCAAUGAUGAAGGGUAAGGGGAAAAGGCCUGAUGAGAACAUCAAAAAUUUUCAAGAGCUGAUGAGAGAAAAUUACCGGGAACAUCCUGCAUGGAUAAUGACCAGCAGUAACACUGGUUGGGGCAGAGACGAGCUUCUUUUGCACAUGUCACAACUACGGAACUUUUAGGAUAACUAGUACAUCCUAGUCAAA